AUGUCUAUACUUGUUUUUUUCAUAAUUCUUGCAGCAGCAGAUGCAUUCAGCCCAAUUGGAAACAUAAUUAUGAGUUCUAUUGGUUUUUUUAAUCCACUUUUAAGGGUCUUUAAAUCUUUUUAUUCAACCGAAAAGAAUUCAAAUUCUGGAAUGAAAUAUAGCUAUAUUAAACACUUAGGAUAUGAGCAUCUACAGAGUGCAUCUAAUGAAGAGAUCGAAUCCAACAUUAAGGAAGCUAAGCCUAAAAAAAUUAGAAAAAAAUUAUUGUUUUUUCCUGAAGAAGUGGACGCAUCUCAAAAUAAAACGUACGAACGAAUUCUCAACAAUACUAGUCGAGGCAAAUCAUUCUAUUUUGUUCAAAAUUUAAUAAACGAAACAAAUUUUUCUGAAAACUCAACUUCGAGUAAUAAUUAUUCAAAUAUUUUAAUAUUAAAUAAAACAAAUUAA